UAAUGAUACUACAUAACCGCAAAUUAUCAUAUGAUUUGGUAUGUCAUCUAAAUUUAUUGUUUACCAAUCAAUAGAUUCAUAUUUAAAUAAAGUAUUUGAUAAUGGCCAGUACAGAAAUCAAUUGGCCUUGGCAAUAUAGCUUUCCACCUUUUUUUACACUUCAACCUACAGCCCAAACGAGAUCCAAACAAUUAGCUGCUUGGAAAACACUUAUAUUAGACUAUUGUCGUCAAACUAAAACCUUCACUCUUGAUGUCAGGGAAGCAGGAGAGUGUCCAUUAUUUUAUAAUUCUUCAAUCAACAGAAGACUGCCGUCUGAUGUUAUAGUUUCUGUUUUAUCUGAAUUAUCCAAAAGUUCGAAUUGUACCGCUUUAGACAAAGCGAAAAAUAGAUGGGAAAUUUAUUGGCAUACGUUAGAAGAAUGGGCUUCUAUGAUUUAUGGAUACAUUUGUGAUGUUGGAUUACAGAAUACUGUCCUUACUUUUUAUGAAUUAACUAAUGGAAAAGAUAUUGAGGGACAAGAAUUCGCAGGUAUGCAAACAGAAGUUCUGAUUAAAGUUCUGAGAGUUCUAGAAGAUGAAAGGAAAUGUGAAUUGAUUUUAUCUGAUGAUAUGCAAGGAGUAAAAUUUUUUUAGGUUAUUGUGAUAAGUAUUUUAUCGUUAAAGGCUAACUUAAUUUCAUAAUUAAAUAAUUGUAUAUUUAUGCACUGUUUUUUUGCUAACAUUCUUGUAUAUGAUUAAAAAAUAAUAUUUUAGUAA